GAUAAAAUACUUGCAUUUAAAUAUUAUUAUUUGUGCUACAGGUUCCUCAAUCUCAAAAGUUUUAUCGUGACAUUGACAUUCAAAGUUGCUGAUCAUAAGGCGUCACAUUUGUAUUUUACUUAUUUUAUUUAACUUAUCACUUGGACAGUAAAGCCUUGUUGAAUCUUGAUGAACAAACAAGUUCAAGAAAUAGCGGCAGAGUGUGACCAGCUGCCGGAAAGAUUUAUCCGUAAACAAGAUAAAGAGUACGGCAACGUUAGCGACUCCGGUCAGGCAGAACUUCCUUUUAUCGAUGUUAGCCUCUUAACUUCAUCUCCUUUGGAGCUUGAAAAGCUUAAAUCAGCUGUUACCACUUGGGGAUGCUUUCAGGCAGUUAAUCAUGGAAUUGAAAUGGAGAGAGUUCGCGAAAUCGGUAAGCUCUUUUUCGGAUUAUCAGCAGAUGAGAAGAAGAAAUACUUGAGAGAUGAAGAUGAUGUGGAUGGCUAUGGAAAUGACAUGGUUCUUUCGGAUGAUCAAAUUCUUGACUGGGCUGAUAGGCUUUAUCUCACUGUUCUUCCAGAAGACAAACGAAAGAUGCAAUUUUGGCCUCAAAAUCCUCCUCACUUCAGGGAAGUUCUAGAUGAGUAUACCUCCAAAAUAGAGUUAAUUUAUGAAGUUACCCUUAAAGCACUGGCUAGAUCAUUAAACUUGGAGGAGGAUUGCUUCUUGAACCAAAUUGGAACAACUGCACCGAUUAGUGCAAGAUAUAACUACUACCCUACUUGUCCAAGGCCCGAAAAAGUGUUAGGAGUCAAACCACACGCUGAUAGUUCGGCCAUCACACUUUUGUUGCAAGACAAAGAGGUUGCAGGACUUCAACUCUUGAAAGAUAAUCAAUGGGUCGGAGUUCCUGUUGUUCCUGAUGCUCUAACCAUCAACGUCGGGGAUCAAAUCGAGAUUAUGAGUAAUGGGAUAUUCAAGAGCCCUGUGCAUAGAGUGUUGGUUAACUCGAGAAAAGAAAGGAUGACUCUAGCUGUGUUCUGCCCGGUUCUGUCCGACAAGGUUAUCGGACCUGUGGACGGGCUCAUUACUGACGAGACACCAAGGUUGUACAAGAACGUCAUAUACUCCCUCGACUUCUUUUUCAAGAUUUACCAACAAGGUGGGCGACCAAUUGAUGCUUGCAAGAUCUGAUCAUGUGCACAAAAGGGUCUUUUCAUCUGAACUUGAGUGUUUAUCUGUUUGGCUCCUUAUAUAUUUACUUUUUUUAUUUUGUUAGUGUCACCAAAAUAAGAUAACUAAAUCAUUGCUGUAUAAUUGUAUGGUGUAUGUUGCUAGUUUUCCAUAACAUAAUUACUAUCUAUGGUAGUUUGGUGACCGGAUAUUUAGUGACUGAUCACACUUCUGUUACUUGUGAACUAA